UGUCGUCGUUGCUGUAGUCCAACCAAAAGUAGCUGACGGGCUCCCUUGUUUGUAUGUCCCCCACUCCCGGCGACCGCGAGCCUCUCGUCCACUCCCGACACCGAGCCGAAAGCCGCGUGGAUUCGCCGCCCGAUCCAGCGAUGGAUUCAGCCUCCAGAGUUGCCCCGCCGCCGGUCAGCGCUGGUGUCCGCGUCCGCGCGCCGCUGGAAUUGAGAUGCCAUGUAACCUGAGUUCCUACAGGAAUCUAAAGCACAGGAAUAGUCCAAGACUGCCAUUUGGAUACCACAAAGGGAAAACACAAGAAUUGUAGACAUAAGGAGGAGAAACAUGAGGUAAGACCUCAUGUUUGUUUUCCUCCAAAAUUCCUAUGGAUUGCCCCAUUCCAUACGAAUUUCGAGGAAUCUUGGUAGAGUCCGUCUCCUGUUACUGCAGAUUAGAUACAGGCCUUAAAACUGUCGUGGAUGCUAGAAAAUUUGCUUCUGGAGCAAAGAUGUGCAUGCAACCUGAUGUCAAACAAACCAAGCGCAAGUCAAGGGGCUCGCGGAAGGAGAGGUGCCGAGCUCAAGCACCACUUUUGCCUGGCCUUCCUGAUGAUCUUGCAAUUGCCUGUCUUAUACGGGUUCCACGAGUGGAACACCCCAAUCUCCGGACAGUUUGUAAAAGAUGGAACCGCCUUUUGUCAGGAAAUUACUAUUAUUCCUUGCGCAAGAAACUCAGCAUGGCAGAAGAAUGGGUUUAUGUCUUUAAAAGGGAUCGUGAGGGGAAAAUAUCCUGGCAUGCCUUCGAUCCACUGAACCAGCUCUGGAAGUCCCUUCCACCUGUUCCACCAGAGUAUUCAGAAGCGUUGGGUUUUGGCUGUGCUGUUCUGAGUGGUUGCUAUCUGUACUUAUUUGGCGGUAAGGAUCCUUUGAGGGGCUCUAUGAGACGUGUUGUAUUUUACAAUGCCCGGACCAACAAAUGGCAUCGAGCUCCAGAUAUGUUACGAAAGCGACACUUUUUUGGUUCCUGUGUUAUAAACAAUUGUCUAUAUGUUGCUGGUGGAGAGUGUGAAGGCAUACAAAGGACUCUUCAGUCUGCUGAAGUUUAUGACCCUAAUAGGAACAGAUGGGUCUGCAUCCCUGAGAUGAACAACGGGAUGGUGCCUUUCAUCGGAGUUGUAUAUGAUGACAAGUGGUUCCUAAAAGGGCUUGACUCCCAUCGCCAAGUGACAUGUGAAGUGUACCUACCGUCAUCCAAUUUGUGGUCAACCAUUGAUGAUGAAAUGGUUACAGGUUGGCGAAACCCAAGCAUUUCCUUCAAUGGACGUCUCUAUUCAUCUGAUUGCCGGGAUGGCUGCAAGCUUAGAGUCUAUGAUGCAAACACAGGAACAUGGGCACGAUUCAUAGACAGCAGGCACCAUCUAGGCAGCUCACGAGCCUUCGAAGCCGCAGGCUUGGUGUCUUUAAAUGGUAAGCUUUGCAUUAUUCGCAACAACAUGAGCAUCACUCUUGUUGAUAUCUUGGAUCCAACAAUGAGUAUCGAGACCGACAGUGCAUGCAUGUGGAAAACUGUUGCGCGUAAGGGUCAGCACAAGUCAUUUGUGGCAAACUUGUGGUCGACCAUUGCAGGACGUAACCUGAAGAGUCACAUAAUCCAUUGUCAGGUGCUGCAAAUUUGAGUUCAGCUGUUGCGAAUCGGGACAUGAUGAAAUCAGCGAAACAACACCUCCAUUACAAGAUCAAAUGCUCACCGCCUGAACAAAUCUUUGUACAUUUGAUUACUAGAAGCUGCAAUUCAAGAUUCUGGCAAUAUCAUGAGCUCUCUAUAUAUAUUAAUGAAUUUUGAAGUUCAUAUGGGUUAUAUGUAUCGGAAACUAAACAAGCUUAUUUGUGUAGAAAAAUAAGAAUAAACCCUGAUGCAUGCAACCAUAUUUAUCAAAA